UUGUGGACAUGAAAGGGUUGCCUCAGUUAGCGUUAGCAUUAGGUUUAGUUGAUCUUGACAUGGCCUUGUUUGAGGAUGAGUGUACUAAACCCAAAGUUGACAGUUUAGCUGAGCAGAAAGCUCAUUAUCAGAAGUGGGAAAGGGCUAAUAGGCUGGGUAUACUGGUUAUGAAGAAAUCUAUUUCUUCAUCCUUAAAUGUGAGUGUUCCAAAUGAGACAAAUGCAAAGAAAUUCCUUGAUGCUAUUGGGCAAUGGUUCCAAGAAUCUGAGAAAGCUGAGACUGGGCAACUGAUGCAAAAGUUAUGCAAUAUGCAGUAUGAUGGUGGUGUCUUGGAUUAGGGCUCAUUUUGAAAAUGCAAGACAUUAUUGAUCAUCUCAAUUGUCUCAAAGUGACCAUAAUUGAACCUUUCCUUGUUCACCAAACCUUAAAUUCCCUUUCUACAUCUUUUGGCCAAAUUAGAACCAUAUACAAUGCUUAAAAGGAAACUUGGAAUGUGAACCAACUUAUUUCUAUUUGUGUUCAAGAAGAAGAAAACCAAAAGAAACAAAAGGUAGAUAGUGUGAAUUUGGUGUAUUAGCCACAUUUAGGUAACGAUAAUCAUAGCAAAGGAUAUUCUCACCACCACAAGAGGUCUGGGUUCAAUAAUAAAGUCAAGAGUAGGAA